AGCCUCCCGUCGCUCCGCUCCUCUCGCAGCUCCGAGCCUCCCGUCGCUCCGCUCCUCCGCUUGCCCCGCUGCCGGCCCCGCUUCCCCUGCGGCUCCGCUUCCCCUGCAGCUCCGAGCCUCCCUUUGCUCCGCUGCUCCGCUUGCCCCGCUGCCGUCGCCGCGCUUGAUGCAGGUGCCCCCUCUGCCUGGCGCUGCCCGCUGACCCCCGCAAAGCCCGACAGGCGAUGGAGGGAGAGCCCACCCUGCGCCUCCGCAUCUUCGACCUCAACUGCUGGGCCAUCCGCUACCUGAGCAAGCGGCGCCAGGAGCGCGUCCGGCUCAUCGGGGACACGCUGCGCCGGGAGGGCUUUGACCUGGUGCUGCUCCAGGAGGUGUGGAGCGAGCGGGACUACAGUGACCUGAAGGUGAAGCUAGCAGGCUGUUACCCCUUCUCCCAUUACUUCCGCAGUGGGGUGAUCGGCAGCGGCCUCUGCGUCUUCUCCAGGUUCCCCAUCCUGGACACACUCCUCUACCAGUACUCACUGAACGGGUACCCCUACAUGCUCCAGCACGGGGACUGGUUCUGCGGCAAGUCCGUCGGCCUGGUCAUUAUGAAGAUCUCAGGGAUCAUCUUCAACAUCUACGUCACCCAUCUGCACGCCGAGUACUGCCGGGACAAGGACGCCUACCUGCCCCACCGCCUGGUGCAGGCCUGGGAGCUGGCGCAGUUCAUCCGACACACCUCAAAGGCAGCAGACGUGGUGCUGCUGGGAGGGGACCUGAACAUGCACCCUGAAGACGUGGGCAUCCGGCUGCUGCGUGGCUGGACGGGGCUGCGGGACGCCUUCGCUGAGGCCACGCGCUUUGAGGGCUGCAAGAACGGCUGCACGCUCGUCCCUGACAACUGCUUCACUGACAAGUCCGAGCUGCUGCCCUUCCCGCUGGGCAUCCGCAUUGACUACAUCCUCUACAAGGCCAUCUCCAGCUUCACGGUGAAGUGUGAAGAGCUGAAGACCACCACGGGGCCAGCCCCAGGCAUGGACAUCCCCUUCUCGGACCAUGAAGCCGUGAUGGCCACACUGCACAUCCAGAGGCGGGGACAGCCGGCGGGUGCCACCCUCGGCGCAGCUGACCUGGCACUGGUGGACGUGGUGACAGAGGCACGGACAGAGGUGGGCGUGGGGCUGCGGGCGGCGCAGCGGCAGCGCUACUCCUCGGGCAGGAUGGCCGUGCUGGCCCUGCUGCUGCUGCUGCUCCAGGCCGCGGCAGCGCUGGGCACGCUGGCCGGGCUGGGCGCAGAGCAGCCCUUCCCCAAGCUCUCCUUCUGCCUGCUGGCCUUCCUCGCCCUCGGCGUCCUCGUCCUCGCCACCGGUCUCCACCUGUUUCACACCAUGGAGGUGAAGAUGCUGCACGGCACCGAGGACCAGAUGUGCAUGGCACUGCGGGCCCUGCAGGAGCGUCCCAGCGAAGGCUGAGCUGAGCCCGUGGGUGUCCCACACUGUCCCCUUGGCCCCACCACGUCCCCUUUUUCAUCCUUGUUUUUAGCUGACUUCGGAUUUGAGGCGAGCAGUGCUGCAGCCAAUGCAGUAGUGCAGGUUUGACAGCUGCCUCUGGGGUAGAUUUGUUGCAUUGACCCCUGUGAGAACCACCGUGGAGGCAAGUUUUUAUUGCUGUCUUUUUAAAUAUACCCUUUUCUACAUGGAGGGACCCACUGGCCUGGCUGGAAGGCUUGAGAUGCUGAGCCUCCCCUUGCCUGGGGUGGCCUCAAAGUUUACACUGGUGACUGUUCUGGCAACCAGUCCUGACUCUGAUGGAAAAUAAAGGCAGUAUUUUAACCUUUG